AGGCUCAGGAAGUGCAGGAGAGGGAUAUGACAGGUGGAGGAGUGCGGGUCACCGUGAGAAGAUGGCCAACAGAGUGAUAUAUCCACUUUACCAGCUUGGAAAUCCACAGUUGCGUGUGUUUCGAACCAACUUCGUCAUGACCCUGGUCAGACCCGGCAAAGAGCAGCCCUCAGACACAGUGCAAUUCCGUAUCCCUAUUGAAAUGACAAAGUUCGAUGUCCAAAACUAUCUGCUGAGUAUAUACAAUGUACCAGUGUCAUAUGUGCGUACCCGCAUCCAGUUUGGCAGCAACCGAAAAAGAAACCAUCUGAAUCAAAAAGUGAAGCGGCCAGAUUACAAGGUGGCCUAUGUGCAGCUGGGCCAAGGGCAAACCUUCAAGUUCCCAGAUCUCUUUCCAGAGAAGGAAGACGCUAUUGAGUCAGGCUCAUUUGACCAAAUCCAAUCAGAAUUCGUGGAGAAUGAAAAACAGCGUCAGCGUAGUGAUCCUCGCAGAGGGGGACUUAAUGACUGGUUUGGGUUAUAAUACAUUCAUUUUGCAGCCAGUUCAUCAUUGGAUUCUAUUGUUUCUUUCCUC